AUGGCGAGCAAGAAGGCCGGCCCUCCCAGCCACCCGCCCUACAACCAGAUGAUCAACGAGGCGAUCGCGGGCCUCAAGGAGCGGGGGGGGUCCUCCCUGCCGGCGAUCAAGAACUACGUGGCCGCCGCGUACAAGCUGCCGGAGGGGUGGGAGAAGCGGCUGUCGUUCCACCUGAAGAAGAUGACGGCGGGCGGCAAGCUGGUGAAGGUCAAGGCAAGCUGGAAGCUGGGGGAGGGCGUGAAGGCCGCCAAGCCGAAAGCUAAGAAGCCCGCCGCCGUGAAGAAGAGGGCGGCAUCUGCCAAGCCCGCCGUGGCCAAGAAGCCGAAGAAGCCCAUGGCCAAGAAGGCCAAGAAGGCCAAGGUGGCGGGGGUGAAGAAGGCGAUGCCGCCCAAGGCCAAGGCGCCCGCCAAGCCCAAGGUGAAGGCGGCCAAGAAGGCCGCCGCACCCAAGAAGGCCGCCGCACCCAAGAAAGCCGCCGCGCCCAAGAAGGUGGCCCCCAAGAAGGCGCCCAUGAAGAAGCCCGGCAAGAAGGCCGCGCCAAAAAAGAAGUGA